AUGUAGUUUAUAGGUCGACCAGAGAACUAUUUCGAGAUUCUGAACCUUGACAACACCAUAGUGACAUAAGAGAAAAUUAGGUUAUCAUAUGAAGAUCUGAAUAACAAGUUUAAUCCGGCUAAUAACCCAGAUCCAGAAAAUCUAAAGAAAUUCAAAAAGAUUUAAGAGGCCUAUGAUUGCCUCAGAAUCACACCAUGCAGAAUGCAAUACAAAAAGUUUGGAAAUUACAUUCAAAAUAUGGGAGGAGACUCAGCAUCAAAUGACCCAGUUGGAUCAACAGAUUGGCGAGUUGGUUCUAGUCUUGUCUAUUAUGUUACUUUUGCUUUAUUAGCUGCUGCAAUGUCAACAGUUGAAGUAAGAUACAAUAUAAUGAAAUUUUUGUAGCAAAAAAAUGGUUUAAGAUAUUCCCUCGCUUUGGCUGUUGUAUUCUGCUUAAAUGAAAUCCAAUGGAUGGUCGAAGUGAAAUCGGAAAACGAUGAGAACUAUCAGCCAAGAUCAAGUACUCUGGCAAUUGCUAAAUUAUUCCCUCCUACUUACUGCCUUUUUGAAAAAAUCUAUGUAAUGCAGUUAGUCUAUUUAUUUAUCUUUAACUUGGUUUGUACCUAUUCGAAGACUUUUGGAAUCGAUGAGCAUAAGAAAAAGAUCAACAUUGUAAGAGAGAUAAUCCAAAACCAAAUAAUAAUUGAUUAAAACCUAAGAGAAAUCUAUAAGAAAAUGAAAGGGGAGGAGUUCCCGAAUGACAAGACCUAUUUAAGAAAAGAAAUCAAGGAAUAUAGAAAAUAGAGACAGAACGAUGUUAAACUACAAAUGGAAGCACUAAUUAAGGACAAGAAAAAGGAAGAGAUAGAAUGGCAUAAAAAGAGAAAUAUGUGGGCAGUAAGACUAUGUCAAGGAUCAUGCUUCUUGUUUUUCAUUUACAAAAAGUUCAUGUAGUCAUCAUGA